AUGCUCCAGAAUUAUGUGAACAACGAGUCCAUCGUGGUGAUAGAAAGUACGGUCGCAGUUGGGAUGACGAGGAAGUUCCUUGGACCACUGGCUGCAUCGCGCGGUAUCCUUGCCGGAAUGUCACCAGAGAGGAUUGACCCUGGCCGAGUUGAACCCCCUCCUAGAUCGAUUCCCAAAGUCGUCUCUGGACUUGACGACAUCGUUCCAGGCUCGCUGGGUGCUAUCACACGAUUGUACGAGACAGUGUUCGACACUGUCAUACCAGUCAGCAAACCCGAGGUCGCAGAAAUGUCAAAGCUGUACGAGAACUGUCAAAGGACCAUAGCCAUCGCCUACGCGAACGAGAUGGCAGACGCCUGCCAGGGUUUGGGAAUCGAUCCUUUCGAGGUGGCACACACCGCCGCAAGCAAGCCCUUUGGAUAUCUGCCUAUGUAUCCCUCACUAGGCAUUGGCGGUCAUUGCAUACCCGUAAAUCCGAUAUACUUCAUGUCGACUUGCAGUCUUCCACUCCUCCAGCAAGCUCAUGAACGAACCAUAUCACGUCCUUCGCGCAUCGCCAGCCAGCUUCUCAUUUCGUUACUGGAAGAUACCCAGCGCAAGCACGGUGCGACACGCCGACCCAGUCUUCUCGUAGUAGGAGUCGGAUUCAAGUCUGGCCAGUCGGAUCUAUCCAAUUCGCCCGGAUUGCAAUUACUCAACUACAUGCGCCAAUCUGGCGAAGUAGACCUGAUGUUCUGUGAUCCUUUGGUAAACCAGGAGACCAUACCUGAGGUGCCGAAACUGGAAGAAAGCUCAUGGACACCGGACGUAUUGAAGACAUUUGACGCAAUUGUGGUAGCUGCGAAACAACCCGGUCUGGAUUACAAUGUUCUAGAUACCUUGUCAGAUGUGCGGGUUGAUGUUUGGAAUCGAUGA